GUCUCUCGACCUUGAAAACUUUGAAAAUAACCGUCGGGUUAGUAAUUUAUUAUUUAAAAACCUCAGAUGUUUUAGUACUCGUCCAUUAUCUAAAAUUAUUCAGCGGCCUAAGUAACUGUCAGAAACAUUAAAAUGAAUUACAAGCUGUCAUUUAUUUUUUUAAGUAUAACAUUUAGCAUGACAUUGUCUGUUGAUAGUUUAAAAUGUACUAGCAAAAGUGAUGAUUUUAAUUGCCGUCUGACUUCGAUGACUCCGUACCGUUACAUCGCCAAUUAUGACGACAGUGAAAUUAAUUUCCCAGGUUGCGAAGCUAAAAAAAUGUGGCUGCUAAUAAGACACGGGACUAGAUAUCCAAGUAAAGAAGUACUGAACAAAAUGGAACAACUUGUAGAAUUACGUGAUAAAAUUUUAGUAAACUGUAAUGCUAGUAAUUGUAAUCUGACAGAUAAACAAUUAACUAAUUUAGCUAAUUGGCAAUUUAGUAUCGAUAAAAAUAAAGAAAUGGCAUUGGCGGAAGAAGGAGGCGUUGAAAUGCGAGGACUUGCUGAAAGAUAUCAGUCAAGAUUUCCUGGAUUAAUGCCUGAUAAAUAUGACAAUCGUACUUAUAAAUUUAAAUUUACGUCAAAGCAAAGAACCAAAGAGAGCGCUGGUAAUUUUACUGUAGGUUUAUUUGGCAAAAACGGUAGUUUUGAUGUUGAAUAUCCAGUAGCUGAAGAAAAAGAUCGUAUAUUAAGAUUUUACAAAGCGUGUGAUAAAUGGCUAAGAGAUAUUGAUGAUAAUCCUGACGCUUAUUCAGAAGUUGAAAAAUUCAAAGCUUCAGAACUGAUGACCAAGACACUGAAUGAUUUAUCUAGUCGUCUUGGUGUGACUAUUGACUACGAUAAAGCGAAAUCAAUUCGAUCAACGUGCGCAUUCGAGACUGCAUGGUAUGAGAAUUCAAAAUCUCCCUGGUGCGAGCUUUUAUCACCAGAUGAAUUUCAGAUUAUGGAAUUCAGUCAUGAUCUUAAGUAUUAUUGGAUCGAUGGCUAUGGGUAUCCAUUGACAUAUCAACAUGCGUGUACUGCUAUUGGAGAUAUGUUCAAGUUUUUAGAGACUAAUGAUGGAUUAAAAGUAUCGGCUUACUUCACACACUCGGGAACACUUCUAAAAGUUUUAUCUCUCCUGGGAUUAGCCCGAGACCCCAACCCACUGGUUCAUAACUCGUAUAAUUCAUCCGAAGACAGAUUAUGGAGAGUGAGUCUUAUCGAUGCUUUCGCAACCAAUUUAGCGUUUAUUUCCUACGAAUGUAAGUCACCAGCGCAAGAACUUGCCGAGGAUGCGCAGCCAGAAAAAGUAUAUGGAAAAAAUGACCUAAAAGAGCGGAGUAUUUUAUUAAUGCAUCAAGAACGUAUCGUAAAUCUCCCUGGUUGUCCAAAAGAUUUUCCUUGUCCGCUGGCGGUGAUGAGAAAUAAAUAUCCCGACGAAGAAGAUGAAUGUGAGUUUGAUAAAAUGUGUGAGCUAUGAUUUAUGAUUGAUGCAAAGAUUACAGCGAAGAUCCAGCUCUUCGAUAGCCCAAUCAGUAUUUUUUUCACGCACAAUUAUAGCUAAACUUAUUUCUUAGUACAAUAUUUUAUUGAAUCUUUUUACGCUGUGAAAAAUCAGGAGUGAAUUCGGAGAGAUUACGGGUUUCAUUUAAAUUUGAAUUCACUCCCGCCACAGAGUUCCGGAGUUUUAGAAAAAAUUACUCUGCAUACGGAGUAAAUACGGAGUUUAUUUUUCCAGCGGAGUGAUCUGGAUUUUAUUUAAAUUUGCAUUCACUCUGAUCCGGAGUUUCAAUUUAAAAUAAACUCCUCUUUGGAGUGAAUUUCAUUUAAAUUUUACAUUAAAUAAAUUCACAAUCAUCUGAUCUUCGGAUUUAAUCUGCGUUCACUCCGCAAAUUUUUUUACAGUGUCCGAGUUCCGGAGUUUCAAAAAAAAUUACUCUGAAUACGGAGUAAAUACGGAGUUUAUUUUUCUAGCGGAGAGAUUUCGGAGUGAUCUGGAUUUUAUUUAAAUUCGCAUUCACUCCGAUCCGGAGUUUCAAUUUAAAAUAAACUCCUCCUUGCAGUGAAUUUCAUAUAAAUUUUACAUUAAAUAAAUUCACAGUCAUCUGAUCUUCGGAUUUAAUCUGCGUUCACUCCGCAAAUUUUUUUACAGUGUCAGAGUUCCGGAAUUUCAAAAAAAAUUACUCUGCAUACAGAGUAAAUACGGAGUUUAUUUUUCCAGCAGAGUGAUCUGGAUUUUAUUUAAAUUCGCAUUCACUUCGAUCCGAAGUUUCAAUUUAAAAUAAACUCCUCUUCGGAGUGAAUUUCAUAUAAAUUUCACAUUAAAUAAAUUCACAGCCAUCUGAUCUUCGGAUUUAAUCUCCGUUCACUCCGCAAAUUUUCUACAGUGUAAUGUUAUAGUGUUCGUAUCAAAUUACUCUCGGUGUAAUUGAGGUAAAUGUAGAUAAAUAAUUAAUAUCGUAGUUAUAAUCAUUAUAGUUACCGUUAUAUCAGGAUAUCUGAGAUAAAAUAAGUGCGAUAUCAGGAAUUUAGGGGAAACAGUAAGAGGAUCUGUAGGGAAGACGGAAUCUCCGGAAUGCUGGGAUCAACUCGACCUCAUCUACCGUAUAAACGCCUCAGGAUGCAUACCCUCUUGUUCUUAGCUCCUACCCAGUAUCUUACACUGUACCAGGUCACAAGGAUCAUCCACCGGGCCGUGUAUAUAUAAACGCAUACUGCGGUGUGGUUUAUAUCGAUGGUGGCCGUAAAUCUUUAAAUGUAUUCCAGAUUUUGCAUUUACGUGAAAACAUUCAGCACGCAAUAUUCAUCAGCAAUAACCAGUAAUGCAGCGACCGUUGGAGAUGAAUGUAUUUAAAUUUUUAUAAAGUUGUUUAAAUUUUUUUAUGUCAUUCUAUGGCUUAAUGCUUACGUGGAUCAACACUACAACUAAUUUAUUUCCUCAAGUGUCGCGGUUUUGAAAGCUCCUUUUAUGAGUGAGUGAUAAAUCCAUCAAUCUCGAGAGUUUGGUCGUGACGUUCUAAAAAAUGUGUGUAGCUUAGAGUGACUUUGAUUGAUGUCAGAUGUUUAGUACACAAGUUUGGUGAUCAUGCCUCCGGUUGCCAGAAAUUCAAGGGACGUCUUGCAAUCUCGCACCCCUAAG